UAUCCAUCCCUUCCUUUCCCCCAAACGUUCUAUUCCCUUUCAACACUUCACCAAAAAUUAUUGGGAAAAAAAAAAAAAAAACCCACUAUUCCCACAUCCAAACACACCCUUUUAACAUUUUGUAUUUUUUUUUUUUUCCCUUCCUUUUUGGAAUUAUGAAGAGAAGCAUAACAGAAAGAGAGGUAGAGAACAUAACCAUGGCCAACUACUUGAUGUUUCUCUCUCAAGGAGGCGAAAUCGAUUCGUCAUCGAACUCAUCACCGGCUCGGGUUUUCGAGUGCAAGACCUGUAACCGGACAUUUCCAUCGUUUCAAGCCUUGGGUGGUCAUAGGGCUAGCCAUAAGAAACCAAGGUUGACCGGAGAUGGAAGCUCCGAUAAUAGCCAAUCUCAAGGUUCGUCGCCGAUGAAGCCUAAGACUCACGAGUGCAGCGUGUGCGGACUGGAGUUCGCCAUAGGACAGGCCUUGGGAGGUCACAUGAGGAGGCACAGAGCCGCAAUGAACGAAAACCAAGGUUCUUCUCCUCGUCUUCCUCUGCAGGAUCGCUUUUCUUCUUCUUCUUCUUCUUCUUCUUCUCCGACGAGAGUAGUACCGGUGGUGAAGAAGACAGAUAAUAACAGUAGAAGAGUUUUGUGUUUGGAUCUGAAUUUGACGCCUUUAGAGAACGACAUCAAGAUCCUUCAGCUGGGGAAGAGUACUGUUUCACUUGUUAAUUGUUUUUUGUGAUUAUCACAAUUUUUUUUUUUUUUUUAAAUUUUACAUAUAGGAUAUUAGGAUCCAGGUUUGCUCUUAUAUUUCUUCUUUUUUCUUUUUUUUUUUUUCUUUUCUUUCUUCUUCUUCUUUAUUCUUCAUUGUUUUUUUUUUUUUUUUUGGGUCAGUUUUUUUCUUGAUUUCUCUUGCUAUGUUUAUAUACUGUGUACAAUUAUAUUUGUUUAUUAUUAAUAUUACAUAAAUUGAAAGCAUACUUAUGAUGGUCUUUUUUUAUACCUUUUUAAUUUAACUGUUUUUGAUAUCGUUUAUAAUUAGCUGGACGAAUUAAUUUGAUCAAAAUCAUGAAAUGAAGGAAAAUAUGUUCGGCAAAGAAAUUGUUGAGCAUAGAGAAAUUUUAUGUGUUUCAAUUAAUUAGUUAAACCACCCGAAGCCCUUAUCUUUUUCUAGAAUGUAAGGUAGAUUUCCAAUAUAUAUAUAUAUAUAUAUAUAUCAAUA